UUCAUAAACAGCUCGUCAACCACCUCGGUAGCUUGCUAGCCAACAUAGCCGAAAGAUUCAAGCUAUUUAUACGCUUUCGGUGUAUAUUAGCUGCUGUGUUUUAGACACACUUAGGUCGUAUCUACUUGUUAACCUAUUUAAUUUUAUAUUACGUUAUUUUGUAUUAGUCAGCUAUAGUAGCUGGCUGGUUUAGUUAGUACUAGCCUAGUCGCUAAUGAUAGCUAGCUAGCUAACAUCCCUGAACAUGAGCUCCCUAAACUUCUCCCCUCUUGUUAAAGAAGAGGCGGUCUGCUGGACGGAGAAAGAAGCUCUGGGGCUGAACAUUGUCGUGAAAGAGGAGAAGGAAGAAGAGGGGGUCACAGUAAAACAAGAAGUAGAGGGUGAGGCUGUUACAGUGAAAGAAGAAGAGAAAGACGUUUCAGUGAAAGAAGAGGAAGACGCGUUCAGAGUGAAAGAGGAGGAGGAUGUUACAGUAAAAGAAGAGGAUGCAGUUUUUGGAGUGAAGAAGGAAGGGGAGAUUACUGUCACAUUGAAAGAUGAAGAGGAGGAGAUAGGAGAUCUGAUUAACACCAGAGAGAGACGGGACAGUCGUGGAUCCUCUGGGGAGCCUCAAAAACCUCAUGAUGCUGAAGAGGCAGAGAAGAGUCUCUCCAGAUCAGAACGCCUCAAUAAACACCUGCAGAGAUCCACAGGGAACAGAACUCACUGCUGCUCUGACUGUGGGAAGAGAUUCACCUCAGCAGGCAUUACAAUUCAUCAAAGGAUCCACACAGGAGAGAAAUCUAAUAGCUGUGUUCAAUGUGGGAAGAGUUUUACUACAUCUAGCAAUCUGACUAUACACCAGAGAAUACACACAGGAGAGAAACCUUAUAGCUGUGUUCAAUGUGGGAAGAGUUUUACUACAUCUAGCAAUCUGACUAUACACCAGAGAAUACACACAGGAGAGAAACCUUAUAGCUGUGGUCAAUGUGGGAAGAGUUUUACUGCAUCUGGCUCUCUGACAUUGCACCAGAGAAUACACACAGGAGAGAAACCUAAUAGCUGUGGUCAAUGUGGGAAGAGUUUUUGUCAAUCUAGUGAUCUGACAGUGCACCAGAGAACACACACAGGAGAGAAAUCUUAUAGCUGUGGUCAAUGUGGGAAGAGUUUUACUACUUCUGGCUAUCUGACUUUACACCAGAGAACACACACAGGAGAGAAACCUUAUAGUUGUGGUCAAUGUGGGAAGAGUUUUACUACUUCUGGCUAUCUGACUUUACACCAGAGAACACACACAGGAGAGAAACCUCAUAGCUGUGAUCAAUGUGGGAAGAGUUUUAGUCAAUCUGGCCAUCUGACAGUGCACCAGAGAACACACACAGGAGAGAAACCUUAUAGCUGUGAUCAAUGUGGGAAGAGUUUUACUUCAUCUAGCAAUCUGACUAUACACCAGAGAACACACACAGGAGAGAAACCUUAUAGUUGUGAUCAAUGUGGAAAGAGAUUUUGUCAAUUUAGUGAACUGACAGUGCACCAGAGAACACACACAGGAGAGAAACCUUAUAGCUGUGAUCAAUGUGGGAAGAGUUUUACUAGAUCUAGCUAUCUGACAGUGCACCAGAGAACACACUCAGGAGAGAAAUCGUAUAGCUGUGACCAGAGGUAAUCUGAUAAAAGAUUUCUGACUAAACAUCAGAAAAUACAUGAAGGAGUUGUUUCAUGAUAUCAAUGAAUUAAUGUCACAAUGUAGAAUGUUUUAACAUUGUAGUAGGAGUAUUUUAAUAUUGUCACAAUGUAGAACCCUAAACGUUUGCCCCUUGUGCUAUUGAUUUCAACAUGAUAUGGAUAUUAGCCUCUUGGGGAAAAUCCAGGCUCUGAAUUGAAAUAGUUACUAUUUAUGAGAUUUAGUAAGUACACAUUAUUCCCAGAUUCCGUGUGGUUUUUGAGCUGUUAGUUUUAACAGGGCGUGCAACCUCAUCUCCCUCCUGUCGCACAAAUUAUUUUAGCAUGAAAUUGAUUAGUUAUGACAAAUUUGUGUUGCGUUCCUUUGUUUAGCGACCCCUACAUUUAAAUGCAUUCCCACAUCACGUACAACCUGAUUUUUCCCCUAAUUGAUAUCAGUGAUUUAUUGCUACUUGUCAAAACAGCGUUUCUGGUGCUUGUGCAGUUUAUAAGGAGUUUGUUUAAGAAAAAAUACAAGAAAUAUGAUUAUUGUGGCAGAUGUUUGUGUAAAUAGCACAUGUUAUGUUUAGGUUUCUGCAAAUUGGUUAUUGAUUUGGACACAUUAAAACUGUGUUUUGACAUUGAGGCUAUCCCACCUAGCACAAUGUAAUUGAAAAGACGUUGAAAAUAAGAUGGCAAUCAACAACAAAUUUUUAUUUUAUUUUUUAUUAUACCAUGCCUUUUUUAAACAUUUUUUAUUAUACCAUGCCUUACCAUUAAGUUAAUUAUUGACAAUACAUAUUAUCAAAGGGGUGUACAUUUGGUUUUGGUAAUUCAUGUUUACAAUUGAUGUAACUUUUUAGUAAUCAUAAUUAUUUAUGCAAUCAACUGACAAUUUUCGGGUAUAAAUAUAUUGACAUUGUUGCCCUUCUUUUAGAAUAGCAGGGUUCAUUCUCAGAUGUGCCAACCCAAAUGUACUAGAGCAUGACAUUGGGGUCUGGGCCCUGAUCCAACAACAUGCCUAACGAGUGAUCCCUGUAAAGAGAGAGAAGCUUCGCAGUGAGGUGGAAAGUUACUACGGAUAUUGCAGGAGUUUCCUCUUGAAAUCAGACAAGUCUGUUGUAAGGACAACUUGGUUGCUGAUUGUCUCAAGAGUUAAAAAGAUUUGUGGUUUGCGUUUAGACGGUGCGUUGCCAUGGAUCACAAUUUAUUAUGACUGCGCGUUUUUCCGUAUUGGAGAUGAGUUUUGUUUGGGCUCAUGAAGCAUUGUAGUUGAUAAUGUGAAAUGGAAAUUGUUUUCUGUUGUCCAACAAAAAUAUAGGAUAUAUUUUUUGUCUUAAGGGGAAGGUGUUACAGGCUUUGGUUUUUCCAUUUAUGUUUUGAGGUUGGACUUUAGCACGUAUAGCUCGUUAGCACGUAGGACACACUGAUUGGUGUCACCUCGUUAGUCAGUAUGUGUUACACCUGUGCUGGCUUGUCCAUCUCGUUAGUGGGAAGGUGUUUCACCUGAGCUGGUCCAGGUUCUAUUUAAGAGUGUCUGGCCCAGUGCUCCAGUUGUCUUGAUAGAUGUGGAGAAUCAACACCUUUAGUUGCUCCACCUUUUUGGUUGGCUUCCUGUCUGUAAGUUUGUGAGUUUUUAUUUCGUUUACCUCUUCUUGGGCAGAUUUAGUGGGUCUCGUGGUGGGUGUCUUUUAGGUCCCAGUUGUUGUUACUAGUCAAUUUUCAUUGGACACCCCCAUAGUGUCUUUCAGAACCCCUCCUAAAAAACAAGCUUAUAUUUUGGGUUGGACAUUGUAACAAUUUAAUCGAUGGCAUUUCCUUAGGAUGCUCAUUAGUCUUUAAGUUGUUUUUUAUCCUCUUAUGUUUGUGUUCUAAAUAUUUCUGUUUACAUUCAUAGUUUUUCCUGUGAAGCCAUUGUGUUGCAUCUAUGUCUGAAAUGUGCUGUAUAAAUAAAGCUUGAUUUGAUUUGAACAUAUUGCAAAACAAAUUAACCCAAUGACUGACCAAUCAGACUCUUGCUAAACCAAUGAAUAAAUAUGUGCAAAAGCAACACAUAUCUUGGUCCAUCUUUAGUAUGAAAAACAAUAUAAAGUCUGUAUAUCUCCCACUAUGUCAAAAUAGUGCUGGUAUGUACGUUUUAGUAUCACUUUUCAACCAACCCAGUCCAUUUGUUGAAAUCAACAAUACGUCAAA